CCCGAUUUUUAUUUUUAUGGCCGGCAUAAUCGUCGGCUGUUGCCUUAUAAAAAUAUUCAACACUCCACUAGCGAUCGAUGGCUUCGAUUCCUACAGUGAUCAUAUACGUCAAAAUUCCCAUAGAUCUUCGGUACACAAUGAUGAAUCGGGUUCUGAACUUGAUGUGCUUAGUCACGAUCAUCCAUAUGACAACUCAUCUGUGGCCGAUCAACUAAAGAAGGAUGUCCGCGUUCUCUGCUGGGUUAUGACAAAUCCUACGAAUCACAAGAAGAAAGCACGUCAUGUGAAACGAACUUGGGGAAAACGCUGUAACAUUCUUCUAUUCAUGAGCUCCGCUGAAGAUGAUGAACUGCCCACAGUCAAGUUGGAUGUCGAAGAAGGUCGACCAAAUCUAUGGCGAAAGGUUAAAGAGGCCUUUAAGUACGUUUAUAAACAUCACUACAACGAUGCGGAUUGGUUCUAUAAAGCCGACGAUGAUACGUAUGCUGUGAUCGAGAAUCUUCGCUAUAUGCUGUAUCCCUAUAAUCCAAAGACUCCAGUUCACUUUGGCUUCAAGUUCAAGCCCUACGUCAAGCAGGGUUAUAUGUCGGGUGGAUCCGGCUAUGUCCUCAGUCGAGAAGCACUGCGUAGAUUUGUGGUUGAGGGUAUUCCCAAUCCUAAGAUGUGUCUGCCUGGCACAGUUGUAAAUGAGGACAUUGAGAUUGGAAAAUGCAUGGAGAAUCUCAAUGUUACAGCAGGAGACUCUCGAGAUUAUAAUGGACGUGGUCGCAUGUUUCCUUUUAUACCGGAACAUCAUUUAUUACCCAGUAACGAUAAGACUUUCUGGUAUUGGAGCUACAUGUUUUAUAAAACAGAUGAUGGCCUCGAUUGCUGUUCGGACAACGCCAUAGCUUUUCACUAUGUCGCUCCUCAGCAGAUGUACGUAAUGGACUAUCUGAUUUAUCAUUUAAAGCCCUAUGGCAUCGUGAGAGAGCCUAUCCGUCUGCCUGACAAACUGAGUGUGGGUGAAUUUAUGCCGCCGCCAAAGGAAGAACCUGCUGAUACCAAUGAGGAUUCCAUAGAUGAUGAGGAUAGAAGGAAUACAACACAUAUAGAUACAAAUACAAAUACAACUGCUCGGGCUGAUAAUGAUAAUAAUAAUGCUGCGGAAGUUGUGUGACAGACCAGUUCUAAUCAUAGAACCGCAAAGUCAAACGAGUUCAAUUGCAUUGUGUGGGUGGACCGAUUGUUCCCGUAAUUGUAGACCGGGCACAAUUGAUGAGCUCACAUCUGUAUGUUAAUGUGCUGGCAAUUUAAAUUGCAAUUGUAAUUGCAAAUUAAUUAGAUUUACGCUAGGCAUGAAAUAGUCAGACCUCAACU